UGGGAGAGCAGCCAUGCCGGAGCCUCGCGGGUCGUCGCCCCUGCGGGUGAACGCGGCGUUCGCGGCGCGGUACGGCCGCUACCGUGAGCGAGAGGAGCUGCAGCGGCUGAAAGAUCGCUACGGGGACCAGCACUGCGGCAGCGACUCCAGCUCCGAGUCUGAUUCCAGCGACGAGCACGUGGAAUUUGACCCCCAGCAAGAGCGUGACUUCUACAGAACUCUCUCCUUGUUGAAGAAGAAGGACCCCUGCAUUUAUCAGAAAGAUGCCACCUUCUAUCAGCGAACAGCAUCGUCCUCAGAGAGCGAAGAGGAGCCGGCAGCUGAGAGGAGAAAGAAGGUGCAGCCCAUGUACCUGAAGGACUAUGAGAGGAAGGUUAUCCUGGAGAAAGGAGGCAAAUAUGUCGAUGAGGAGAAUUCAGAUGGGGAAACCUCCGAUCAGAGACUCCAGCAGACCUUGUCGAAGAGUUAUGUGGAAGAACAGAAACAGCUGAAGGAAAGCUUCCGGGUAUUUGUGGAGGACAGUGAGGAUGAAGACAGUGCCAAGGAAGGUAGCUCUGGGUUGCUGCAGAAACGUGCUAAAAGCAAAGAGGAGAAGGCCCAGGAGGAUGCUGACUACAUUGAGUGGCUGAAGGGGCAGAAGGAGAUUCAGAACCCCGACACCCUGAAAGAACUGACUCACCUCAGGGAGUUCUGGAACAACCCAGAGCUGGACGAGGGGGAGCGCUUCCUGCGAGAUUACAUCCUCAACAAACGCUAUGAGGAAGAAGGGGAGGAGGAAGAGGAGGAGGAGGAAGAGGAGGAGGAGGAAAGGGUCCCUGGUCCCCCGGUCCAGCUAGCUGUGGAUGACUCCUCAGACGAGGGGGAACUGUUUCUGAAGAAGCAGGAGGACUUUGAGCUCAAGUACAACUUCCGCUUUGAGGAGCCAGACUCUGCCUUGGUCAAGACCUACCCUCGGAGCAUCGCCUCCUCCGUGCGCCGAAAGGACGAGCGCAGGAAGGAGAAGAGGGAGGAGACACGGGAGCGGAAGAAGAGGGAGAAAGCGAGGAAGCGGGAGGAACUCAAGCAGCUGAAGAACCUGAAGAGGAAGGAGAUUCUGGCCAAGCUGGAGAGGCUGCGGCAGGUCACGGGCAACGAGACACUGGGCUUUGAAGAGCAGGACCUGGAGGAUGACUUCGACCCUGCCCAGCACGACCAGCUCAUGCAGAAGUGCUUCGGGGACGAGUACUAUGGCGCCAUGGAGGAGGAGAAGCCGCAGUUUGAGGAAGAAGAAGGGCUGGAAGAUGACUGGAACUGGGACACGUGGGCUGGGCCGGAGCAAGGUGGAGCUUGGAGCCAACAGGAGCCUCACUGCGAGGACCCCGACUUCAAUAUGGACGCCGACUAUGACCCCAGCCAGCCCCGGAAGAAGCAUCGAGAGGCCCCUUCGUUGGGCAAGAAGAAGCGAAAGUCGCCCUUUGCUGCGGCUGUGGGACAGGAGAAACCUGUGUUUGACCCCGGGGACAAGACAUUCGAGGAGUACCUGGACGAGUAUUACCGGCUGGACUACGAGGACAUCAUUGAUGACCUGCCCUGUCGCUUCAAGUACCGCACGGUGGUGCCCUGCGACUUUGGACUUAGCACUGAGGAGAUCCUCGCUGCUGACGACAAGGAGCUGAAUCGGUGGUGCUCCCUGAAGAAGACCUGCAUGUACAGGUCAGAGCAGGAGGAACUGCAGGACAAGAGGGCAUACAGCCAGAAGGCCCAGAAUGUAUGGAAGAAGCAGCAGAUCUUCAAGUCACUCUGCCCAGAGGAGGCAGAGAUGCCCACGGAAGCCACAGGGAAGCCACAGAGAGACAGAGCUGGCCCAUCGGGACAGCUGGUGGCACUUGAUGGGGCCUGUGGCAAGCAGUCCCAGCCCGAGAGCACCCCAGCACAGGAAGAGGCAGACCCUGCGACACCCACGGAGAAGCUGGCCCCCCAGAGGCGGAAGCGGGGCAAGAAGGCACGUCUCCUGGGCCCCACAGUGACACUCGGGGGACGUGAGUUCAGCCGCCAGAGACUGCAGGCCUUUGGCCUCAACCCCAAACGGCUGCACUUCCGGCAGCUGGGCCGACGACGGAGGAAGCAGCAGGGGCCCAAGGGCAGCCACUGAGCUCGAGGGAGCCUACAGGGGCCCCUUCCUCUUCUUAUUGACUGUAUGGCCCCCCACAUCUACCUGUAGGCCAGGGAGUCUUCCCAUCUUAGAGAUGUGGAAGCUGAGGCCUACUCAACAAGCUUCCCCAGAUGACUCGGGGAACCUCGCCUCAAGACACACUCAAAUGUUGGGCCCAACAAUAGCCACAGUCAAGUCAAACGGCUUUAUUAGCCCCCAGCAGCCACGGCCCCUCCUCCCCUCCAGCAGCUCUUGGCAGGGUAGGGGCUUUGUGACCGGUGAGGGGCAUGGACGGUCCAGUGCAAACUACAGUACGGAGUCAGGCCCUGAGUGGGUGCCCGGGGCCUCCCUCCCUGCCCCAUGAGGAGGGCCCAGCUGGUGGGAGGCAGGUGUGCGGGCUCUGUUCCUGGCUGAACGGCCCCAGCCCAGAGGCUUCCUGGACUGGUCUCUCUCAGCUGCACUUGUCAGGGGGGAGUUGAAGCUCCCACACCUAACAUGACAUAAAUUAAAAAAUAAAUAGGGUCUUGUCUUC